ACAAAUAAAGUGAUAGAGAGGGGGAUAUUGUCUGCUUGAAGAGAGGUUGAAAAGUGACUACGACGCCGUUUCAUCUCAGUGUAAAAUGGCUUAUACUAAAACUAUCCGUUCUGUCAUGAAUAUGUUAAAAACUGUAAGCGUCUCCGGCAAUUCAGACUACCAGAUUAAGCUAAUUCAAUUGGAGAUAGAGCAUAUAAAUGCCAUGAAUGUGUCGAGCAAGAUAGCGAAUUAUGGUUUCGUAUUCAAGAUGAUGAGAUUGGUGCAUCUCUUGUUAUUCGGCCUUGUUGUUAUUCUUCCGACCGUGAUUGCAUCUAAGAAACCUAACGAUGAAUUUGCACAAUUCUUCAAGAAUGCAGGCCCCUUUUUAUUUACUGUAUUGUUUGCAUUGCUGGAGAUUUAUGUGAGGAUGAAUCUGUUUGAUGUGCAUGAAAUUCAGAAAAGUAUUAGAUGGACCCGAAAAGUUAUUGAAUUUAUUCGACUAGUUGUGGAAUAUGACCGGCCCGAGAGCAAGCCCUCGACUCAAAUUCAGAUAGAAAUUCUGAAGAAGAGGGGAAGAGCUCUUGAAGCUUUAAAGUUAAAUGAAGAGAAGGAGCAGAAGUGGAGACCAUGCUGUAAUUUAAGGUUGGUUGAAGCAUACAAAAGUGCAACCUGUUUUUUCAGGAGAGACGAUUUUCACUGGACAGAUGUUAUCCCAAUUUUAAUUCCUGUCCUGUUGGUGAUUCUUAUUUGUUUGUAUGUUGUGGAAUUUUGGGAUAUUGCAACACAUCAAUAA